UGAAUAGGUUACACUACAUAUCGCUGGUAAGUAGCAGUGGCAGUCGGAAAAUGGCGUACUCCAAUGCCAGGCGCACGUUAGCCUCCACUCUCUCACGAGCUCUUUCUUCAUCAUCAUCUGGAAUCGCUUCUCGCAGCCGCACACGUUUCGCUUUUGCGUUAUCUUCUCCCAAACAAACCCUACCCGUCCCUCACUCGUUCCCUGUUCGGUUGAAAUCAUCGGGUUCGGGUUAUUCUCCGUUGAACGAUCCAUCCCCAAAUUGGAGCAACCGUCCUCCAAAGGAAACGAUUCUUCUUGAUGGCUGUGACUACGAGCACUGGCUCAUUGUUAUGGAGUUUCCUGAUAAUCCUAAACCCUCUGAAGAUGAAAUGGUUAAUAGCUAUGUCAAAACCCUAGCUCAAGUUCUCGGAAGUGAGGAAGAGGCUAAGAAGAAGAUAUACUCUGUUUCUACUACUACUUAUACAGGUUUUGGUGCUCUUGUUUCGGAAGAGCUUUCUUAUAAACUCAAAGAGUUGCCGGGAGUUCUUUGGGUACUGCCAGAUUAA